AUGGCUCACAAAGGGGAUCGCGACCUUGAUAUCAAAGCAAAGCUUUCUCGCAAGAUUGCAGAACUCACGAUGGUUAUACACUUGUUGUUCACAAGGAAUCAUGAGCGAGAGCUGGAAAUGGAAGCAUUAAAAACUGCAUACGAACAUGAGAUCAGUUUAAUACUUGAGGAAGCUAAAGGAAAAAUUUCGUGGUUGGAGGGACAAUUGGAUGACCUGGAAAAAUUUCGUGUUUUACUCGACUUGAAAAACACAGAAAACGAGAAAGACAAACAGCAAAUUAAAGAUCUACAAAACAAGGAAGCAGAAUUGAAUUUACUGUUAGCAAACAAGGAUCAGCUUUUAACGAUGGCUGAAAAACAAAUUGUGGAAUUGAAAGAAAAACUUACUGACAAGUUAGCUUCUGGAGACGAACAAGUUGCCCUUUUGAAAACUGAAUUAGAGAAUGUUAAGAAAGAUAACAGUAACUUGAAAGAUCAACUCAAGGCAAAAGCAGACAAAACAAAAAAGCUUAAAAGCCAGGUUGAAAGUCUUCAAUCCAAAGUGAAAACAUUGGAGGAAGAGUUGCGGGAUGCUUUAGAGAAAAAACAAAGACUUGAAAAUAGUGUCAAUGGACUGCAAGGUGAUUGGCAGGAUGAAAUUGAUAACCUCAGUCGCAGAAUUGCCGAAUACACCAAACAGCAACAAGAAGACCAAACAAGAGUAGAAAAAUUGGAAUGGAAAAAUAAACAGUUGAUUCAGCAAGUGAAAGAGUUGGAGGAUGACAAAAGACAUCUUGAACUUAAAAUUCAACAAUAUGUCGAUGAGAGGAAUAAAAAGAAAGAGGCCAAGAGAUCUCCAAGGCCUGUUGCUAAGGGCAGCCCUGAGGUUCCACGGACAACGCCUGCAUUUGAUGUAAGUGUUACAGGUCAAAAUUAAAUUCAGGUUGAAGUUUUUCAACAGCUAGGUUGAUUCUCAAUUUCUUUGUCUCCUAGCCCUAAUUUAUGAAUAAUUAGGGCUAGGUUAAAAAAUUUAAAUCUGAAUUUAAUUUUGACCUGCAACAUAAGCAACAUUUAGACCUAUUUGAGAAAUUACUGUUACUCCAUACAGUAGUAAGGAAUUUGUGAUCAAGGGUUUAAGUGACUUUUGAUGCGAACAAAUACUGAGCAAUUUGGAAAAAGUAUCUUUUUGAUUAUCAAAAAUCACUGAGGGCUUUUCUCCACGCACCCCUUUAAUUCUACACUUAUCCUGCACCUAUCAAUGUCAACCCUUUAAGCCCCAAGGUCCACAUACAAAUUCUCCCGACUGAUCUCCAUACAUUUCUUUUAAGAAAAGUUGAGAGAAUUUGAUAAAAGAUCAAAGCCUUCUGGUCGAGUUUCUAGUAUAGCUGGUCUACUAACCUUUACUCUUGAUGAUCUGCUGAUGUUGUUAGGAGAAAAUUGAUGUUGGUCACUCUUGGGACCUAAAGGGUUAAGCCCUAGGGAUGGUGAAGCUGUAAGGGGGUUGUCUGGGCUGCAGACUUAAUCUAACCAGCUUUCGUUACUUUUAGGGAACUGUAGCUUUAUAGAAGAAAAAAGUUACUGAAUGCAUGAGCAAAGUGACAAGUUUAUGCGACAAUGUGAUGAAUGUAUACGUCAAAUGUAGAACGAGAAAAAAAAAAAUAUGAAUCUAUUUUAGUUACUUUCUGUAUUAUUCUCGCCUGAAUCUACAGUAAAUUGACUAAAAUCCACAAAAUUACAAAGAAAUGUCCCAACUGCAACAUUCAUGGUCGUGGCUAAAAGAUGUUUUCAAGAAUGACCAGUACUUGCACUUUAUUUGUUCUUUGUUGUCGAAAAAAUGACAUCAUUUGUUGUCGUUUUAAACUCACCAUUUUGCUCGCACACUUACUUGUUUUUCUCUCUAAAGCUACAGUUCCCUUAAAGUAACGAAAACCAUCUAAUCCCAUAUUAGUAACAUCUGCAAAGCAGUACCAAGAUCCUUGUUCUUGGCCCCCAACCGACUCACAAAUUAUCAGAAAAUGCAUUUCAAAUUUUCCUUCAACCUGAUUACCAAAUCGACAGUGGCAUUUUUAAUAGACAAAUCAUGGCAUGUAAUCAAGCCCUGGUACAUAGCCUGUUCCAGGCGUUCAGAUAGUGGGGAGCAGUGCGAAGUAAAAAGGAGCGCGAAAAAAUAAAAGCGAGGGAGGAGGAGAGGUGAGAGAGUUCCCUCACCUCUCUACCCAGUCUCCCUCUACUUUUCAUCGCUUUCUUUAUUUCGCACCGUUCUCCACUAUCUGAACGCUUGGAACAGGCUACCUGGUACAUGGGUGGAGGCUCAGAACAAGGAUUUUGGCGUUGGUUCGCAAACAAACCUAACUAGGCCUGGGUUGUUCAAACGUUGGAUAGCGCUAUCACUAUCCAGUGGAUAACACAAUUGUUUCUGGUAAUACUUAUUUGCUGCAUAGUGAUUUAUCCUGUGGGUAGUGCUAUCCAGCUUUUGAAAAACCGGGGCCAGAGGUUUAGUUCUGUCUAUGGUCUAGGCUAGGGAAGGGGAUGCCCCUGGGGAAUUUGAGAACUACAGUGAGGUCAUAGUCAAUGUAACUAAUGCAUAGGAAAUGAUACACCCUAGGGUCAAUCAUAGUUUGUACAAUCUGUAAAGGUGUUGAAUUUUAGUAUUCAUCUUGAAAAGUCGUUGAAUUCAGUCAAGGUCCUUUAGUAAAAGUUUAAAAAAUGCUGAAAACAGGGAAACUUGGAAAAAAUGCAGUUAGAUAUUUAAUAUUAUUUGACCAUGUGUUUCAGAGAGAUGAUGAAUUGGAGCGCCUAAGAAGGGAAGUGCAGCGUUACCGACUGGAACUGACCAACAGGGAGUCGUCAUUUAACAGAAUGUUUACUGAUCAUCACCCUGUGAUAGUGGAUGGCAAACCAAGGAAAACCUCUUCUGGGUUGAUGACUGAUUCAGUGAGUAGCUUUACUAAGGGACAUUGUUAUCAAGAAUUUUUUCCAGCAAAAAAGUCAUUUGUGAGGCCCUGCCAGGGUAAAUUCCGACAAGCGACAUGGCCCAAAAAGUAGUGACAGUGCGUAAAAUGAAAUCGCGACAAGAGACAACCUUCCUUGGCCAAAUUGCGAUAAUGAUGGCAAAGCCGACAAUAAGCAACAAGCAUUUGUAAAAACCGACACAAGACCUUUCAAAAUCCAGACAGGCGACAUGGGACCCCCCCCUUCCCCCCCUGGCAGGGCCUCAUUUGUGUUAAUUAGAACUUGAGCAUUUCAAGUGUAAACAUCAUAAUAAUACUACAAACUCAUGAAGUACCCCCACCUUCCCUGGUCUGGGUGAAGAAUUCACCUUUCGUACAUCUAGUUAUUUUAUAUUAUCUUGCUUUCACCACUUUAAAGUCUUCUUUUGAUUAUAAGUAACCCCAUUGGCCCUUUAUGUAGGAUUAUGUAAUGAGGCAAAAUGGGUGCAAGGCAAGAAACUAGUUUUGUCAUUUUGUCAAGACUGCCUCAGACUUCAUCAUGAUAACCUUUGAAAAUCCUUCAAUUAAAUUAACUUAUUUCAAAAUUUAUUUUCAUUUUUUUUUAAUUAAUUAAAAUUAUUAUUUUUUGCCUUUGUAGUCUUUCCCAAAUCUGAGUGGUGUUCAUGUACGGAAAAGAAAUCCACAUUUGCCGGCACUUGGGGAACAGAGGAUAAGCACCAGUGCACAACCUCCAUACCAUGGAUUCUAAGAAGACAACCAAAAUUUUACAUAUUCGACAUAAUUUUACUUAUUCUUCGAAAGAACGACUUACUUCAUAUUUUCAUUUACUUAUAUUAUCUGUACCAGUACUCAAAAAGAUCCAAAUAAUAUUAUUAAUGAAGAUUUUAAAAGUAGGCAGCAGUGUGAGGUCAAAUAGAUGUCUGCAUACUGCUGGUACAGUGUUGUUACUGUCUUCUAAAAAAAUUUUUUUCUUGCCACAACUUCCACAGACCCUUCUCCAAUUUGUCAUAGACAGCAUGUUAAAUAAGUUAUGGUAAAGACAGUGAGAGCAAAAUGAAGAGAAACAGAGUGGUGCCUUUCUUGUCAUGCUGUUCCUGGAAACUGCGCUCAAACAGGUAAUUUGCAGAAAGCCUUGGCAAAGCUGUCAAAGAUAUCUUCCAAGAAGUGGGGAAUUUUGGACCAUUCAUGUUUCUCUCUCCUUUACAAACAGAUUAAACAAAUUUCAACAUUGUUUCAGUCUGCAAAAUAUACCCCACAGUACUACCCCACACAGGCACAUUGCUUUAUUAGGUAUGAUUGCAGCCUUAUCAAGGGAUUUCUCUUUGCCACCAAUUUCAAUAACAAGAGUAGUCAGUGGACAAAGUUGGCAUUUUCAAGGCAGCUUUAAUUAAUUGCCUCUGGUCAAGGGUAUUGAUACAUCUUGAGCUGAGUUAAGAAAACAUUACGCCAGAGUGCAAAUUUAUGUACCAAAAUAUUUACUGUAGAAAGGGUGUUAUAUUAUUGUAUUUUACAUAGGUGUACAAAAUUAUAAAUAAUUAUUUAUUGUAGUCUCAAUUACGUUUAUAUUAUUUUGUUUGACAAUGAUAGAUAUUUACAUUUCUAGUCUUUCCAUCUCUUGGAUGUACAAAGUACUGGUAUACCG